AUGGACUGCUACAAGGAGGAAAUGCUUGGACCAGUUCUUCUUUGUAUGCAGGCUGACUGUCUUGAAGAAGCCAUAACUAUUGUCAAUAGGAACAAAUAUGGAUUUGGAGCUUCCAUAUUCACUACAUCUGGUAUUGCUGCUAGGAAGUUCCAGAAUGAAGUUGAGGCUGGGCUGGUUGGCAUAAAUGUUCCUGUUCCAAUUCCAUUGCCAUUUUCCUCAUUCAAUGGUUCCAAGGCAUCUUUUGCUGGUGAUCUGAAUUUCUGCGGGAAGGCAGGUGUGCAAUUUUACACUCAAAUUAAAACAGUAGCACAACAAUGGAAGGACUUACCAAGCCGAAGAACGUCACUACAUCUCCCUCCAACCUCUGAGGCAGAAAUAACAAGUCGAGUAGGAUCCCUGGUGCAGCAUCGAACAUCUGAGAGUGAUUUACCGAGCCAUGAAUUAUCACCAGCCAUGCCUUCAGCAUCCGAGAGAGAUUUAGCUAGCCAGAAUACACCCCUGCCCUUGUCUCCUGCAUCAGAAGGGGACUUGCAAGACCCUGGAUUGUCACCUUCUAUUCAUCCAACCACCGAUAGUGACUUCCUGAGCCAGGAUGGGUCGCUGAACAUUCCUUCAACAUCUGAAAGGGAUUCAAUGAACCAUGAAAUGUCGCUAUCUGCACCUCCAACUGCAAGGGAUGUGCCAGGCCAAGUGACACUCCCUGUGCCUCCAACAUCUGAGAGGAUGCUAGUAUCUCAAACAUCCAAGUGGGAUCGCACUCGACCCUUGACAUCCCAAAUGACUGAAACUCUUUUGUCAACCUCUGACAGAAUUUAUAUGCCUCCAACUUCUCAGAGGAUUGAUAACAUGGCUUCAACAUCUCAGAGGAUGAACGCUGCUGUUUCUUUGACUUCUGAGAGUUUAUACAUUCCUGCACCUCCGAGGAAUGAUGUCGUAGAUCCAGUAUCUCUCAGGAAUGAUGGUAUGGGGUCAAUUUCGCAAAGGACAGAUGCUAAUAUUUAUCCAACUACUGAGAAGGUAUACUUGCCUACGAUGUCUCACAUGAAUGAAAAUAUUGGUCCAACAUCUCAAAGGACUGACGCUACCAUGCACCUGAAUACCGAGAGGUUAUACGUGCUGACAUCUCACAGGGGUGACAAUAUGAGCUUGAUGUCUUUGAGGAAUGACAAUUCUAUGCAUCCAGCUUCAGAGAGGAUGUACAUGUCAACAUCGUACAGGAGUGACAUGAUGCCUUCUCAAAGGAAUGAUGCUAUGCCCCCAACUUCUGAGAAGAUGUAUAUGCCUGCAGCAAUUCAGAGGAAUGAUGGUAUGGUAUCAACGUCGGAGAGGUUCCCUUCAACCUCCCAAAGGACGUAUGUUCACACCCCAAUGGCAUCUAUCGAUGAAUAUGCUGAUGAUGGAGUGUCGCCGACUUUGCCUCCAUCUCAGAGAUUGUAGGAUUUGCUCUCCCCUGAAUAUUUUUAUAUUUUUGGGAUCUUUGUUGUUUUAUUACCACAUUUUCUAACUUAUUUCCGAGAUACUAUUGUUUCUAUAAAAACGUG